AUGCACUCACUGGAAGUCUUCGCUCGACUCAAAGAGCAUUGGUUGAGCCCUGGUGGGAUCUUGGUGCUGAAUUUUGUUGGUUUCCACCGCGGCCCUAGCAGCCAACUGAGCUUUGAUGUUGCGACCACUCUCCGUGCAGUGUUCCAGGUUGCACGAUGCUAUCGGGAUCAGGGCCUCGAGGAGGAGCCGGACAUGGCCGCGAAUCUGGUAUGCUUUGCGUCGGAUGAAGACUUCCACUUCAAUGUCCCUCAGAGUGGCGACUUCUCGAAUCCAAUCCCGUUGUCGAGCUUUUGGGUGAUGCAGCAGUUCCAGUCUUGGGAGGUCUUGAAGCCUCUGAGCCGAACAGCGGGCCGCAUCAUCGAGGACUCCGACAACGAGCUGCUGCACGCAGGAGCGCAGUCUCAAAUCGAGCUGCAGCUGCGAGCUCAUGCGCGGAAUUUGAUCCCUGAGCAUGUCUGGAAGGCCUUGGGCAUCGCGACCUGA